AUGUGCAUCUGCGUCUUCGGCAUUGUGGGCAACUUUCUUAAUAUCAAAGUCUUCUUAAAACAAGGGCUUCGCACGUCUGUGAACCAGAGCCUUUGUGCUAUGUCUUUGUCAGACCUUUUGGGCCUCAUCUUUCAGGUCUGGCACAACUUUUGCAUGAACCCAUACCUGGAGCUAGCUGGACUACCUGUAGACUUUCUGAAAAUACAAAUUCUGACCGCGGGAUGUCCGAACGUGGCCAUGACACGCAUCACUGGCUGGAUCACGAUGUAUAUUACAGCUGAAAGAUGUCUCUCGGUCUUGCUUCCGUUGAGGAUCAGACAGCUGGUUACGGUCAAAAGGACAGCGGUUGUAUUAGUCUUAUGCUACUGCAUUAAUCUGGCCUUUUACCUUCCGCUCUACGCUGGGAACUAUUUAAGUUGGAGGUUCUAUCCUAAUCUGAACAAGACGAUGCUUGGUGUCUCGUCGUGGGGGAAUGCAGACUUGGUGGAUUGGGUCAUGAACGUGUCCCACUUCUAUCUCUCGGUCAUCGCUUUUAUCUGCGUGGUCAUCUUUACGGUCGUCUUGGUGGUCAGUCUGAAACGAAAGUCCAGGUGGAGGAGGAGCGCCACCUCUGACAGAGAUCAGAACGAGGCUCUGUCCAGCCGAGAGAACAAAACCGUGGGGAUGGUCAUCAUGGUGGCUGUCGUUCUCAUCGUCUGCUACGCCCCUGGGGUCACGAUCUCCUUCGUGGAGGUUUUCUAUCCCGACUUUGGUAUCUCUGCGAAACAGGAGAAUGCCUAUCACGUGAUCUGGUCCUUUUGUUUUGUGUUUCAUUCAGUUAACGCCAGCAUCAACGUCAUCGUCUAUUACAGGAUGAGUUCUAAAUAUAGAAACACGCUGCAAGAGAUUUUCCCGGUUUUUAAAUCGAAAGCAAAACUUGAUGAUAAAUUAGGAAACUAA